ACCCAAACUAUAUAGCCGCCGGCGUAUCACUUUACACGUUAAAUGAAAUUGAAAUGGGAACAAAAAAGUAAAAACGUAGUCAAACUCUACCAGCCGACCUUAAAAUAUGACGUCACCUUGACGCCCCGCCCCUCUGAGAUGGGCGGAAGUAGAUGGAAACAGGCCACACCAAUCUGACAGCAAACAUUAACCUGCCUCUGGGGUCCCAAACUCUCCGGACCUGUCUGUUUGUCUUUGAUUCGAAAGUCUUAAUGGUGUGAAAAGAGAAGCUUCGUCAACAUGGUGCACAUUGCGGAGCUCCCGUCGUCACUUUUCGCCUUUCUUCUCCUCCUUGGUGCCUGCCUUGGUGACGCCAGGAACCCGCGGACACCCAGCGUCCCCCCCUCGACGGAGGAAACGGUGGAAACCUACACAAAUUACUAUGGUUACGUAAAACUGACCGGGCUGUUGCAGUCCUUAGCCCAGAAAUACCCCCACAUAGCUAACCUGUCGAGCGUGGGUCAGUCCGUGGAGGGCAGGGAGCUGUGGGUGAUGCGGAUCACCGAGGACCCCCACGGGGACGCACCGGGGAAACCCAAAUUCAAGUACGUCGGCAACAUGCACGGGGACGAGACCGUGUCCAGGCAGGUGUUGGUGUACCUCGUGGAGUACCUGCUGACGAAAUACGGAGAGGAACCGCGUAUCACCGAGCUGGUGGACACCACGGACAUUUACAUCAUGCCCAGCAUGAACCCGGACGGCUUCGAGAAGUCCGUGGAGGGCGACUGCGGGGGCAACGGCGGGGGUCGGAAUAACGCCCGAAACGAGGACCUCAACAGGAGCUUCCCGGACCAGUACGACGGGACAACCGUCAACGCAGACAACGUCCCCGAGGUAGCGGCCGUGAUCAAGUGGAUCCAGGAGAAGAAGUUUGUGCUGUCUGGGAACCUGCACGGCGGCACCGUGGUGGCCAGUUACCCCUUUGAUGACUCUGCCUUGCACAAGCAGCAGGGCUUCUACAGCAAGGCGGAGGACGACAAGCUGUUUCGAUACUUGGCCAUGGUGUAUUCCCAGAACCACCCCACUAUGAAGACCGGCAUGCCCAACUGCCCCGAUUCCCAGGACGAAACUUUCAACAACGGCAUCAUCAAUGGGGCUGAGUGGUAUGACGUUCCUGGUGGGAUGCAGGACUACAACUACCUGCAUGGUAACUGUCUGGAAAUCACAAUGGAGUUGAGCUGCUGCAAAUAUCCCCCUGCUUCUGAGCUCCAUAAGGAAUGGGAUCUGAACAGGGAAUCCCUUCUGGCCUACAUAGAACAGGUCCAUAUAGGUGUCUAUGGUUAUGUGAAAAACGCUGUCGAUGGCGCCGCCCUCUUCAAUGUCAGCAUUGUGGUAGCAAGCAUUCGUCACAACCUGACCACAGGAAAAUAUGGGGAGUACUACCGCCUUCUGCUCCCAGGAACAUACAACAUUACAGCUGCGGCCCAAGGGUACACACCGAUGACAGUCCCCAGUGUUGUGGUCGUGGAGGGCAAAGCCACAGAACUUAACUUUACCUUGGCACCUGUGGUGAAUGAGGGCGUCGCUGCGACUACACACGCCAUGCCGGCCCCCAAUGGUCAAAACCUCCCUUCCACCACCACCAGCCGCCCUGUACUUCCACCCGAACUUCAGCCCGUUCAGCCUCAGGAUUUCCGUCACCACGGCUACUCGGACAUGGAGGUGUUCUUGCGCGACUACAGCAGAAAGUUCUCCUCCAUUGCCCAUCUUUACAGCAUCGGCCGCUCCGUGGAGAACCGGGAGCUCUAUGUGAUGGCUAUCUCGGGCAACCCCAAGGUCCAUGAGCAUGGUGAGCCAGAGUUUAAGUAUAUUGCCAACAUGCACGGUAAUGAAGUGGUGGGCCGAGAGCUAUUGCUCAACCUCAUUGAGUACCUGUGCCAUAACUACGGUACUGACCCGGAGGUCACUAAGUUGGUCAACAACACCCGCAUCCACAUCAUGCCUUCCAUGAACCCCGACGGAUAUGAGGAAGCCACUGAAGGUGAUAUCAAGGGUUACAGAGGACGCAACAACAGCAACAAUUCGGACUUGAACCGCAACUUCCCUGAUCAGUAUUUUACCAGCAAUGAGACCCGGCAGCCAGAAACUAUAGCUGUGAUGAACUGGGUGAAGAGCAUCCCCUUCGUCCUGUCAGCCAACCUUCAUGGAGGCUCCUUGGUUGUCAACUACCCCUACGAUGAUGACAAAGAGGGGCUAUCGCAGUACAGCCGGUCGCCUGAUGAUGAUGUCUUUCAGCAGGUGUCUAGAGCCUACUCACAGGAGAAUCCUCUGAUGCACAAUGGACACCCUUGUAAGGACUUGUACCCAAAUGAAUAUUUUGAGGAUGGCAUCACCAAUGGGGCCAAUUGGUACAAUGUUCCAGGUGGCAUGCAGGACUGGAACUACUUAAACACCAACUGCUUUGAGGUGACCAUCGAGCUGGGCUGUGAGAAGUACCCCUGGAGCAAAGACUUACCAAAAUACUGGGAACAAAACCGGCGGGCCUUGCUUCAGUUCAUUCGUCAGGUACACAGUGGAGUAAAAGGCACUGUCUCUGACAUUAGGGAUGGGACAGGAAUUCCCAAUGCCACCAUUAGUGUGAAGGAUAUUCACCACAAUAUCACCACAGCUGGCACUGGAGACUACUGGAGGCUGCUGGUCCCUGCGACUUACUAUAUCACUGCCUCCGCCCAUGGUUAUAUUCCUUUGGGGACCUACGCCACAGUCUCCAAGGAUCACGUGGAGUUGGUGGAUUUCAACCUGACACGUGUCCGCUCGGAUGCUAAUGGCCAGUCUCCCGUGGGGCCCCAACCCACCCAGACCCCAUCUGAGAAGGCAUUCCAGAGCUUGAUCAAGAACCUCUCUCUAAGCCAGGGUUUGGAGAAGUUGGUCACGAGCACGGCCAUGGAGAGCAGGUUCCGCUACAGGGGCUACAAAGACCUCUCUGGCUUCAUGCAAGGCCUCACACUUAACUUUCCUAAAAUUACGUCUUUGCACAGUUUAGGGCAAAGUGUAGAGUUCCGAACCAUUUGGGGUUUGGAAAUCUCCAACAAACCAGGGGAAGCUGAACCUUCUGAGCCCAAGAUCCGCUUUGUAGCUGGGAUCCAUGGCAACGCCCCUGUGGGCACAGAGCUGCUGCUGGAGUUUGCUGCCCUCUUGUGCAUCAACUAUGGAAAAAACCCAGCCAUAACCAGGCUGAUCAAUGAGACCCGGAUUGUCAUCGUGCCUUCCAUCAACCCAGAUGGACGAGAACGGGCUGUUGAGAAGCAGUGCAACUCCCUCCAGGGCUCGACCAAUAUUCACGGCAGAGAUCUAGACACAGAUUUCUUUGGCAAUGCAUCACAGCAUGUGGUGGAGCCCCAGCCAGAGACCAGAGCCAUGAUGAACCUGAUUCUAGACCAGGGCUACACCCUGUCUGUUGCCCUUGAUGGAGGCUCCCUCGUUGCUACCUACCCUUACGACAAGCCCGUCCAGUCUGUUGAAAAUGAGGUCACGUUGAAGUACUUGGCAGGUGUUUAUGCCAAGAACCACCCUAAGAUACACCUCGGGAACACUGGAUGUUCAAAUAAUGGGCAAAUGGGAAACAUCCCAGGUGGAGUUAUGAGGGCAGCAGAGAGACAAAGUCACAUGGGGAGCAUGAAGGACUUCUCCAUGGACUUUGGUCACUGUCCAGAGAUUACUGUGUAUAGUGGCUGCUGUUUGUUUCCUGCUGCUGAGCAGCUGCCCACACUCUGGGCUGAGAACAAGAAAGCUCUCCUAAGCAUGUUGGUGGAGGUCCAUAAAGGAGUGCGUGGCGUGGUGCGCGACAAGAGUGGGAAGCCGAUUGUUGGGGCAAUCCUUGUACUGAAUGAGGGAGUGAGAGUUUUUACUGGAGAGGGUGGCUACUUCCAUGCGCUGCUGGCUCCCGGCAACCACAACAUUGAAGCCGUUGCUGAUGGCUACCAGCAACAACGUAAACAGGUGGUGGUUUUUUCCAAUGAAGCUGCUAGCUUCAUCAUCAUUGAGUUCGACAUGGACAACCGCAUCCUUGGCCUGCCAAGAGAGUUUGUGGUGGCCGGUGCGGCCGCCUCCAUGACAGCGCUGGUGGUGACGGCGUGCAUCAUCUGGUGCGUGUGUGCAGCCAAAUCCAGUCGUCAAAAAGAUGGCUUCCACCGCCUGCGGCAACACCGAGAGGACUACGACGAUGAGAUCCGGCUCACCUCCAUGGGUUCCAAGAAGUCGCUGCUGGCCCACGAGUUUCAGGACGAGAGUGAAAGCGACGAGGACACGCUGUAUGCCAACAAAAUCUGAGGGCCACUGCACAAAUUUAGCUGUUGGCUUAGUAUUUUAUUUUUGCUCUCUCCCCUUAAAUGUGUCCGACAAGGACCAGUUUGAACGAUAGAUGGCAUCUCUGUCUCUCUUUUAUGACGGAAAAUACAGGAGUGAUGAAGGCUAUUUGUUCUGUUUUAACAACGAGAACUCCUUGUUCGUGCUACUAAAUGGUUACUUUAAUAGCAUUCUGCUGGUGUCUGGACUGAAGGGGCUUGCUCCAUCUCUCCCUGACUGGAUCAGGAGAAAAAGACAAAGACAGGCUGAUAAAAGAGGGAGAGAAAUAAACUUUUCGUCCACUUUGGCCCUCAUCCAUCCUUUAAGCAAGUUCCACAGCUUUUUCACAUGUCCUUCCUGACUGAGGGUUUGCAGCUGAUAAGUCCAAAUGAACGUCUUUCUUUUUUUUAAGAGGCUAUGUAAUGAAGUCUGAAUGGAAGUCCUUAAUAUCACACAUUGUCUCAACUGAUAUCAUGCAUACAUUUCAAUACAGCUUUCAGUUGAGAAGUAAGUUUCCUUUUUCUAAGACAGCAUUUUAUUUUCUACUAAUACAUCUGAAUCCAACACUGUGCCUUGGCUUCUAUAAAGUUUACAGCUGGGUUGGGUUGAGGUAUGUGACGCGAAGCAGCAACAUAAUGAAUAGGUCACAUUUGUUCCGUCCUAUACUCAGGUGGUAUAAAAAUAGAGAAAUUACAAUUAAAGGCUGCUGAAUCCAGUUCCUGCACAGGUGAAUGGAGCCUGGACUUGAUUCAGUAGUUUGGUAUUUUCCCAGUGAGACAAUGUCGUGGCCAGAAUCAUCAUCAUCGUUGCACGAGUGAGCUUCUCAAAAGCUUCAGAGCUUCAGUGGGAAUCUGUUACCGAUUAAAUGCUCGACUGAAGCCCAUCUCAGUAAGUGUGGGCUCUAUUAUAUGCACUGAGUUCACUCGCACCAAAUGGAGAGAAAGGAUUGUCCCAUGUCAUUGGCCGUGAAUAAAUUAACGAGUUUCUGAAUAUGUAAUAAUAAAAAUGAAUGUAUUUGUUGCUUUCCAUUUUUUUGGUUGAUUUCAUGGUAAUUUUAAACCGUCUACAUGGAUAGUUGAGUGUCCCCUGUAAUUUUCUUUUUCGAUUAUUUAACAAGGAUGUGCAUUCUAACCAUUUCUCAUUAAAAGGAAUACCAAUUUUUAGUUUUUUUUUCAAAUUGUUAAUUUGACUUAUCCCACUAAGCAAUACUUAAGCGUGCCGAAGGCUUCUCGGUUGCCAGACGAUUACCGAUCACUGUCUACAGUCACAUCAGAGCCUUAGCUACACAGUUUAAAUGAAUGGUCGAAAGACGACAAUCAAUCAUAAUUCAUUUGACUCGGGUGUAGUGGAAAAAUGCAAAAACACCUAGAAAACUGACCUUUAAGUUGAGUCUUUUAAAACUACUUAUAUAAUUACCAUUGUGUAAAUUUAACAUCCAAUGUUAAUUAAACUCCAACCAUUUGUUAGGAAUGCUGACAGAGCCUAAACAGUUUCUUCGAAAAAAGUCAUAGUCUGGUUCAAAAAUAAUUCAGUAAACUGACAUUUUUUAAAUGAGGAUAUUUCUUAUUAGAAUGCACCAUUUCUGUGCAGGCAUUUAAGGGAGAGUUAUUGGAGGGAGGACAUUUUUACAACAUUGCAUAGAGUUUAACUUGGCGCAUUGUCUUGGACAUUUGAUCUAUACUACCAAAACAGACCAAUCGUUGGGUCUGCACUGGUAAAGUAAAAUUUGGCAGGUCCUGGGAAUGGUGUACAUCUUUCUAAUCAUAUAUAUAUUUAAUAGACUCUUCACUCUUCACUUUUUUUCCAAUUACUUUGAGAGGAAACAUAUUUCUCUUUUUUUUCAAAUUUAGCUGUCCUCAGUAAAGUUAAAAACCCAAUAUCUACAUACAGUUUUGUCCAUUUUUCUUUCCGAUACUUUGUAAGUGAAUGUGUGCAUAUGCAUUUCUAAACUUGAGUGUGUGUCAGGGUCAUAGUGUUGGUGUAAAGAGUUUAUAUGAACUGGAAUCAACUGUAAAUAAUGUUUGAUAAAUGAGAAUGGAAAAUGAAUGCAAUUCAUGUUUUACCAUGAAUCUACAACAAACAUCCAAUAAAAACCUUUGUCUGAUAAUGCCUUGCUAAUGUGGCGGGGCUUUAGGGGACGAUACCAACAACACCACCUGGGGACUUGCACCCCAAGAAAUACAGUCUAACAAUGCACAAAAACUCUUCAAAUAAUAAAAGAAAACACCUAACACCCUA